UCUUAAUAUGAAUCUCCAGUCUAUACUCAUAAAUGUAAAGAAAUAACUAAAACUCUACUUUGUUAUCUGCUCAGAUUCGAUCUCUGGCACCUUCAGUGACGCUUGUACUAUCCUCUUCUUACUAGCUUGCCUCGAACGGUUCCCUCAAUCUCGCUGCUAUUAGGGUGGGCAUCGGUUUGGUUUGAAUCAAACCGAAAUGGGGCAUACCGGGUUUCCGACUUCUCCCUUAGGUCAAACCAAGUUCGAACAGAAAUAUAAUUCGGUUUGGUUUGGCCGGACCGAGUUAUAUUUCGGUUCAGUUCGGUUCGGUUUUAAGACCCCAACCCAAAAUAUCAUCUAUUACCACCAGCGCCGCCUCAUUUUAUUCAUUUCCCCCUUUCAUUAGGGUUUUUGGGUUAGGGUCACAAGACAGCUGCCCACAAUCCCUCUCUCCAGCUCUGACCUCUCCGCUCUCUCCCUCAAUCUCCGACUUCCCUGUCCAUUCUCUCCCUCGAUCUCCGACUCCCCCAAACCCAACAUAUCUCCAACUUUGGCCCUCCGCUCUCUCCCUCAAUCCCUACCAUCGUCAUUCGUCACAUCUCCCUCUCAACUCGACCAUCAUCUUCUCUCCCUCUCUCCCAGACUCGCCCAACUCUACCGACGACCAUCAUCUUAUUUCCUUCACUCCCCGAUUCUCCAAUCUCGAUCGUCACCUCCUCUAUCUUCAGUGACAAGCUCGACGAGAAUCAGAUCUCAAAGAUCGAUAGGGUCGAGAACUAGAAUAGGUUGUCGAGCUUCAAUCUCCUAUGAAAUCUAAAACAUUCAAGGCCUCCACCACGAGUCUCACCACAUGCAACGCCGAUAUUCUCCUGCCAUCGCCAUUGGUUUAUUCCAGUAGGUCGUGCCGCCUGCAUGUGGUUGUUGGUGAAGCGUUUGAAGGGGAGGAUGAUCGGAGAUGGAUGCUCAGGUCGCCACUGGAUUUGAUGAAGCGAAGUCGUAGUUGCAGCCGCGGGGACGCGAUGUGAGGUAGGAGGGGAGGCAGGUCAAAGAGGGUUGUGAUGUUGUGGGCUGUAGGAGUUAGGUUUUGAUUGGGCUAAGUGAGUUAGGUUUCAUUUGGGCUUUGGGAGUUAGGAUGUUAGGCGUUACAUUUGGGCUCAGGGACUUGGGGGAAUAGGGAUAGUUUUGGGCUUAUGUAAUAUAUUUCGGUUUUUCGGUCGGGAAUUCGGAACCUCGGUUCGGUUGAAAGAACCCUGGUUCCUGAACUAUCCAGAUUUGCCUUCCGAAUUCCUAACGGAAUAGUAGUAUUUUGGUUUUGGGUCGGUUCAGGCCGGUUUCGGUUCGGGUCGGUUAUGUAAACCCGAAUCGGAUGUCCACCCCUAGCCGCUAUCCAUCUGCUCCUCUAGCUAGCUGCUAUCGAUCUAGUUCUCGCUCAUUCCUUUACUAAGGCCUGGUGAGUGAGUUGGGGUCAGUCUACGCCCUUACGUUUUAAACUUUCUAAUAAUUUUGCACCUCUUCUCAAACACUUAAACUCAAACUGAGGGAAGUUGUUUGUACUUCCAUUCUUAAAAAUCUUAACUCUUAAAACUGAAUGGGAGUAACUGUUACUCUCCAUUCUUAAAGCUUAAAUCUCAACUUGAACUUCUGACUGACACGGGGAUCCCUCACUAGCUAGUCUGGUUGCCAACUCAUACGUAUGAGAAGCCAUCAAGGCUUUUCUGAAACUUAAACUUAUCGUGGAAGGCUCUUUUUCCACGAUUCUCAAGAGCAUAACUCCUGCUCAUCUUAAAGAUAUCAAGAGCAUAACUGCUGCUCUGUCUCAAAGAGCUCAAGUGCAUAACUGUUGCUCUGUCUCAAAGAUCUCAAGUGCAUAACUGCUGCUCUAUCUGAAAAUCUCAAAUGGCAACGGACUGGCGCUAGUGGCUAAAUACACUUAAAACGACUUCACCUUCUUGAAGGUGAAGUACUUUUUAAAACAAGAGGAUUUGUUAUCAACUUUAACAAUCACUCAUAAUUAGCAUAAAGCUUUUAGUUAAAU